CCGCCCCAUCUCGGCCUAGCAUAUGGGUGGAGAGGGCGCCGCUCUGCAGCCAUUCGCUUCCCGCGUGUGCUCGGAAUUCUCCGCCUCCCGCGUCCACGGGACCCCGCGUCCACAGAACCCCGCAGCAUGACUGUCAAGAAGAUCGCGAUCUUUGGCUCCACUGGCAGGACUGGGCUCACCACCCUGGCGCAGGCGGUGCAAGCAGGUUACGAGGUGACUGUGCUGGUGAGAGACGCUAACAAGCUGCCCUCAGAGGGGCCCCAGCCUGCCCACGUGGUGGUGGGUGACGUUCUGCAGGCAGCUGAUGUGGACAAGGCCGUGGCUGGGCAGGAUGCUGUCAUUGUGUUGCUGGGCACUGGCAAUGACCUCAGUCCCACUACAGUGAUGUCCGAGGGGACCCGGAAUAUUGUCACAGCCAUGAAGGCUCACGGAGUGGACAAGGUCGUGGCCUGCACCUCGGCUUUCCUGCUAUGGGACCCAACCAAGGUGCCUCCACGCCUGCAGGAUGUGACCAAUGACCACAUCCGGAUGCACAAGGUGCUACAGGAAUCGGGCCUGAAGUAUGUAGCUGUGAUGCCCCCACACAUAGGGGACCAGCCGCUAACUGGAGCCUACACGGUGACCCUAGAUGGAAAAGGGCCCUCGAGGGUCAUCUCCAAACAUGACCUAGGCCACUUCAUGCUGCGCUGCCUGACCACUGAUGAGUAUGACGGACAUAACACCUACCCCUCCCACCAGUACAAAUAGGACCCUGGCCCCGGCAAGGAGAGUGGCAUUCUGGGAAAUGAGACACAAAGAGGGAGAAAUAAAAUCUGAGCCAAGAGCUACAAAUUA